AUGAGUGUGGUAGGUUUUGAUGUUGGCAAUGAAAGUGGUGUUGUUGCUGUUGUAAGGCAAAGAGAGAUCGAAGUUGUGCUCAACGAUGAGUCCAAGUGCGAAACUCCUGCUAUCGUAUGUUUUGGCGAGAAGCAGCGAGUCAUUGGAACAGCAGGGGCUGCAUCAAGUAUGAUGAAUCCGAAAAAUACGGUAUCACAGAUAAAACGUUUUAUUGGACGUAAAUUUUCAGAUCCUGAGUUGCAGAAGGAUAUCAAAUCAUUGCCAUUUUCAGUCACUGAAGGACCUGAUGGAUAUCCCUUGAUUCAUGCUCAGUAUUUGGGAGAAGAUAGGACCUUCACACCUACUCAGAUUUUAGGAAUGGUUCUUUCUGAUUUGAAGAUCAUUACAGAAAAGAACUUAAAUUCUGCUGUUGUGGACUGCUGCAUCGGGAUACCUGUUUACUUCACCGACCUGCAGAGAAGAGCUGUUAUAGAUGCUGCUACUAUUGCUGGUUUGCACCCUCUUCGUCUCUAUCAUGAGACAACAGCUACCGCAUUAGCUUAUGGUAUUUACAAGACCGAUUUACCUGAAAAUGAACCAAUGAUUGUUGCAUUUGUCGAUGUUGGUCAUGCAAGUAUGCAAGUAUGCAUUGCUGCCUUCAAGAAAGGUCAGCUGAAGAUAUUGGCUCAUUCUUAUGAUCAGUGUUUGGGUGGAAGGGAUUUUGAUGAGGUUCUUUUCCAUCAUUUUGCUGCGAAGUUCAAGGAGGAGUACAGGAUUGAUGUUUAUCAAAAUGCAAGGGCUUGCUUGAGAUUGCGUGCUGCUUGUGAGAAGCUGAAAAAGAUGCUUAGCGCAAAUCCUGAGGCACCUCUGAACAUCGAGUGCUUGAUGGAUGAGAAGGAUGUCAGAGGUUUUAUUAAGAGAGAUGAGUUUGAGCAGAUUAGUAUUCCAAUUUUGGAACGUGUGAGAAAGCCUUUGCAGAAGGCUCUUGCUGAUGCUGGACUGUCUACUCAAGAUAUACAUUCUGUUGAAGUUGUUGGUUCAGGCUCUCGAGUUCCAGCGAUAAUCAAAAUAUUGACGGAGUUUUUUGGAAAGGAGCCUAGACGAACAAUGAAUGCUAGUGAAUGUGUGGCGAAGGGCAGUGCUAUACAAUGUGCUAUUCUCAGCCCCAUGUUCAAAGUUAGAGAUUUUCAGGUUAAUGAGAGUUUUCCAUUUUCCAUUGCUUUGUCAUGGAAAGGAUAUGGAGCAGCUGAUAAUCAGCAGAGUACUGUUGUAUUCCCCAAGGGUAAUUGCAUACCAAGUAUGAAGGCGUUGACUUACUACAGAUCUGGGACCUUUACUGUUGAUGUACAAUAUGCUGAUGCUUGUGAAUUACAGACACCUCCAAAGAUUAGCUCUUACACGAUUGGACCUUUCCAGUCCACAAAAGGUGAAAGGGAAAAGUUGAAGGUCAAAGUGCAACUGAAUCAUCAUGGCAUUGUCUCGGUUGAGUCUGCAGUGCUCUUAGAAGAGGAAGAGGUGGAAGUUCCAGUUGUGAAAGAGGCAGCUAAAGAGGAGACCAAGAUGGAAACAGAUGAUGCUCAUCCCAGCAGCACUGAAACUGAUGUCAAUAUGCAAGAUGCUAAGACCGAUGGUCCUGGAGCUGAAAAUGGUGUCUCGGAAUCAGGAGAUAAGACAUCUCAGAUGGAAACCAAUAAGGUUAGCUUCUGA